UCUCAAGUGAGCUGUGCAUCCCAUAAAUUACCAACUGUGAAGAAGAUUCAAUAUCUUCAUUCACAGCAGUAGAAGGAGGUGUAUAAAUAUGGCACCAGCUGUCUCAUAACAAACCAAGGCGCCACCACACCAGAUCCUGAAACAACAGAACGGGUUAACAAGAGUCUCAAAAGCUAAAAGCACGAUAUACUACCAAUAUGUCGUCCGAGAACCCUGGUAAUGCCCCUUUCAUAGUCCAUUCUACGCCUCCAAACACCACAGAGCCUUACAAGGAACCCUCCCCCCUCGCCCAUUCUACAGAGCUCUACGAUUAUGAACCAGAUUAUCCACCGGAAACCAACCCCUACACAACCGAGGAUCACGACCCUAUUCUGCCUCCCUGGCCAGAGCCCGUCCUCUUCGGAAUCUCCCUCGGUAUAUCCAGGGAGAUCCCAGGCCAAAACUGCACAGAAUGGACCGUCCUCUUACACAGAUUCGACGUCGGUGCCAUCCCAGAGACCGAAACCCCCACUGUCUGUCGAGCAUACACCAUCGAGUCAGGACCCAAGGACGGCUUCGGCAAAGAAUACAGAAAGCACUUCCGCAUCGACAAGCCUUUGCAUUCUCUCGACGCCAACAACAACAGCGGUGCCUACGAGCUCUUGAUCCCAUGUGGGACACUGCACAGGGAACACCUGCCGCUGUUCGACAAGAUCUUUUGGAAGACUCCCCCCGGGCCGAACAACUAUUUCAUUCUGAGAUUCUUGCGCAUGUUGGGUGCGCACUGGCUGGUUUGUGAGGAUGAUAUCCUGAUGGCGCUUGAGCAUUCGGGUCUUGAGAGGAGAUAUAAUGCGGCGGAGAUUGAGUACUUUGGGAGGUUCUUGACCGUCGAAGAUGAGAAUUAUUGUCUCGGGUUUACGGACCAGGUGUUUUGUGGUGACGGUAGGAAUGUUUAUGCUACCUACUAAGGAGCGAUGGGUUCUUUCUUUCUGGCUUUUUGUGUUUUUGGGAGGGUUGUCUGAAGUUUCUUGCUCGAGUACUGGUGGGCCAUGGUCGGUGUCAGUUAGGGCUAUUAUGUUUCUUAUUUUUAUUCGCUACAGCAGUGUUUAUUAUUUUAUUAUUUACUCUGGAAGUUUCGUUUUACAGUUACAGCUUUAUUAAUAGAGAUGCCUCAUUAAUUUUAAAAAUAAAAACAUGCUAUGCAACAAUCAUAAGGAUAUUAGGAAACAGUUCAUUAGACAAGAUUCCCACG